UCUGACUUCUUUUUCCUUUGUAAACUGCCCAGGAGAAAACAAGAGCUCUGCAUUCAAAAACAUAGCACCAUAGCUGGCCAGACAUGUCUGCUCAUUCUUAUUGCUUUACCCGCUGUCCUCCUCCAACAAGCUACAGAUGUGUUUUUGAAGCAUGGAAACGCCCACAACAUACUAAGGGCCAAACGAACAAAUUCAGGCUUUGAAGAAAUUAAAAAAGGUAACCUGGAAAGUGAAUGUUAUGAAGAGCCCUGCUCAUUUGAGGAAGCACGGGAAGUCUUUGAGGAUGAAGACAAAACUACAGAAUUUUGGAGCAAGUAUUUCGAUGGUGAUCAGUGUAACUCAAAUCCUUGUCAGAAUGGUGGAUCAUGUAAAGAUGGGAUCAAUGAAUAUAAUUGCUUCUGCAAUGCUGGUUUUCAGGGCAAACACCGUGAAACAGUUCAGUUAAUUUUUCUCUUUGCUGAUUAG